CCCCAGUCGAUGGUGGUGAGCAUAAAAUCUGUGAGCCUAGAACAAGAUCCGCGCAUUACGACCGUACAAAGAGGGUCUGACACCCAGCGGACACCGCCCUGUCGGGAACCGUGGGACAAGAGGUGAGGCGUCGGACGAGGCCUCUGCUAGAAUCGGGAUUUCUUGCAGGGUUUCUUGCAGUGUAACGCCGGAGACAGGGCAAUAAGGUUCAGCCAUGUUCGAUAUAGUUUGACGCAUCCACCUGGUGUCGCCGGAAGGGUUUCUGGUUGUUUUUUUUAGCGUAUGCUCGCUUCCACUGUUCGCCGCUUUCUAAGGAUCUCAGCCGUUGGCAGAACGGAUUUCGCACCACUGACGGCGCUUCAUCGUAUCGAAGCGAACUCUCUCGUGAACUCCAGGUCCAGGCAACGAGUAGCGCUCCGAACGAACGGUGGUAGAAGAGAAACCUACGAUCUGGCCCGGAGGGUCGCUCGGCGAAAAGAGCCAUCUUUGUCAAAGCGGCAGUCCCGUGAACCAGCACUUGCCGUCCCUGGCUUUCCGUGUUACCCGUGUGAAUUUGCUUGGGUAGUCGUCCAUCAGAUGUUCGCAGUGCAGCAUCUUGGCAUGGAGUGACGUUCGUACUG